AUGGUGGAUCAGCCCUACGAGCAGGUAGUCUCUUCCUUCCUUGGGCGCUUUCUGGACAUGGAUUCUGGAGAGAUCGCAGGCAAAGUUGGCAUCAUCCGGGUGGACUAUGAGAAAGAAUUCUGUCAACCUUCGGAGACCUACCCAGGAAUUACGAACAUCUUCGCCUUCUUCAGUGUUUUUUUCAACUUGAACAUGCCCUUGCCCUUGAAUUUCGGUCGGCCCAUCGUGCGAACGCAGAAGGCGCCGGCCGAGAACCGUGUAGAAGAGCUUUGGAGUUGGCGUCGCAGCCAACUCUGCGGCAAUCCGAUCAGGAGCAUCCCACCCGACUUGAGCGGCCUGGAAACACACGAGCGCCAGGAGGAUAUCUAUCAGAUGCUCGAGCAAGCCCUGCGACUCAAUGAGGAGGGGGAAAGGGCUAUUCUUCGAUGCCUGCACUGCCCCUAUGACAGUGGCCGGCCCGUGGUACUCGUGGUGGCGGUCUACAGAGAGACCCUCAAGACGACACAGCUGGUCGUCGCGAAAGUUCUCUGGGACGUGACGGACGACGAGGUUUCGGAGCAGUCCCGGGCAGGAGAGGAACUGCGGCGGACGUUGACGACUGUGAACCGCGUGGCCUCAGGUCCACGGAACCAUCUGGCCACUCAGAUCGGCGGGUCCAGCAACUACUUUUUCGAUCUCAGUAAGCAUGUGGCCUUGGUUGCCCUGGAGCUCCCCUUGGCGUGCACGGAGCCUCCUGAGGUGCUGUCUGCGGCACUGGGCCAACAGCUCGAGGUCCCUUUCGUGCUCCUGCGUGACAUAGUUCUUGCAGCAGCUACGGGGCGCAGCGACAUGACGCUCGCCGCCACCCUGGCGCCCACUUUGGAAAGCCUCAUGGCGAGCUUGGUGGCACCUGGGAGUGUGCUCGGGAGGCUGAUGUCCUCCCCGCAACGAGCAAGUAUCGACAUCGUGGAGGCCUACAAGCUCGACACCCUGGGGAGCAUCAUGGAGUCGACUGAUCCACGCUUCACCAAGUACAACAUCUUCCACAAAGCCACCGGCACUCUGAUCGCGGAGCUGUGCAAGACCGUCGGAAUCGAGGACGACUUCCGGAACCAGCUAACCGAGAAGCUGCACGCCAUCAAAGCCCUCUGCAACCGAUUGGAGAAGAAGUCCUGGGGCAAAGAUGCCUGGCGCCCGCUCUGCUGCAUGGCUCAUGGGAAUUUGACCACCAGGAGCGUGAUUGUGGAUGCAUUGGGCUCUACUUGGCUCUACGACUGGGGCACCCAUUCCACGACCAUCUCCUGGCAGGGACAUGGGAAGAGCGGCGGCCAGCAGCCUCUCUUCAGGGACUUGGCCCGACUGUCGGCUCGGAUUCUUUUCGAAGGCUGCCGCCUGCCACUGUCGCUGCAACAGGCACAGCAGAUUUGCGCAGCCAGCUGGGUCGACCUCACCGACCUAUCCAGGUGGUUUAGCAUCCCGAAGUCCGUGGCCUACCUGUUUCAGCGAAAGAUGUUGGAGAGUGACUUCAGCAAGGAUUCCGCGAGCCUCGCAAGCAAGGCGCAGGCCUCUCGCCGCGUGUCGAAGAUGCUGGAGCAGGCCGCGGCAGGCCCGGCCCCUCUCGCGGCCGAGAGCCUUCAGGGGAGGCUUGUGGGCCGCGAUGUGGAUGUUCGCCGGGCCUUCCGCGAGGCCCAAUGCCUCGGCAGGGCCAUCAUGGCGCUCCCAUUGCUGGGUCUCCCCGAGGGCCUCAAUGCCGCGAGGUCGAUGCACUCGGAAGCGUCUCAGAGUGAAGGCGAAGUGGACACGGUGGGUGACCCGAACGGUCCUCGUGGUCUGGCAUGGAAACAGCAGAAGGCCCUCCACACUGCUGCACAAGCAUCAAGACAGUUAGCCCUGGAGCGCUUCCUGGGCGACCCAAUGUGGGUGCAGAAGAUGGUAUACCCCGACGUCGUCCCAAAGAACACCGUUAGCCUGCUUCCGGUCGACACCUCGCCGCUUCUCUUGGGGUUGCCUCUGUUGGAAGAGGUUCUGGCACUGGUGGUGGGCACCUCGCUCGACCCGUGGCAGAAAGCCUGGGCCUGCUCCUUUGCAGCGGACUUGGCCACGAAGCUGCUGCCACAUCUACAGGGGCUCCUGGGCCGUGAGACUCUCCCUCGAACGCUGAGUUUUGAUUUGGAAGGCGAGGCGAAAGAAGAUCAGGGGCUCAUUGGUAUGGACGUUCGCUUCGCCAAGGGCCAUCGCUUGUCCGCUACUGGCGAACCAAAGGUCUGCUCUGAUCUGGCCUGGUGCUUCGGUAGCCGGCAGCGCAGCACAGAUGGAACCUUUGCAUUUCGCCGGGAGUGCCAGCUGACCCCCGAGUUUCUGGAGAAGGCGCUCUUGGGUUGGCCUUGCCCCGUCGCUGGUGUCCCGAAUGCGGCGGUCACCGAGCACAGGCAUCGUUUGGGUGCACUGCCGGCUGGAGAAAACGACUGGCAGAAAGACGAGGAUUGCCUCGAGGCCGUCCGCGCGGCACGCAGGAAGAAUUUGUGGCGGAAAGCUGCCGGCGCGCUGUAUGAGGUGGAAGCCAUCUCUCUCAAGCCAGUGAAGCGUCUGAAUACCCAGCGGAGAAUCGCUAACCAGGGCUCGGUACCCCUGGCGCUCCACCAGGUCACCGACUCUCUCACGCUCAGCUCGACGCCGGAGGACGUGCAGGAGCUGAAAGUGCUUGGUCAGCGCUUGGGCACUGUCGCGUACGCGGCGAAUGCUGUCCAAUGUUGCCCUCACUCCUCGGAGCACAGCGAUUCUGCUUGGGCCCCCUUGGCUUCGGAGUACGACACGUUCCCCUGCACUCUCUGCCGGCAGAAGGUCUCCGCAGCUUGUCCUCAGGAGGCCUACUUUGCGCACUGUGCGGAGUGCUGGUUAGAGCAGAAGCGAUUCACCCUUUGCCGAGAAUGUUCCACUGCGGAGCCACCAUGCUGCCCCCAUGGCCACACAACGACCAAAACGGAGAUUUCGCCCUACGACAGGACGCCCAGCUGCCGUCGUUGCCGCAAAGUGGUGGGUAACCUGGGGGCUGCAGCACCACCAGGGGAGCCGCAUUGGUUUCAUUGUCCCACCUGCCGCACCGCGAGCAAGAAAUCCCCAGACCUUUGCCGUGGAUGCGCCGUCCUGUACUGUGCCGCAGGACACGAGCUGGAGUGGAUCGCCAGCUUCAAGGGCUUGAAGUCCGUCUGCCAAAGCUGCGGCAGCUCCGGACACCUCAAGGUCUAUCACUGCUCCGAGUGCCAAGAGGCUCGCGUCGAAGUGAUGUAUCCCACGGGCUUGGCUGCCAAGUCUGACGUGAAGUUGGGCGGCCGCGCCGGAGAUGUCAAGGUCAUGGCCGUAGCUCCGGGCGGUGCCGCUGCCACGGCCGGCGUUGUCGCCGGCCACCGUCUGCUGUCUGUGAACGACCAUCCACCAGCUGUUGCCUCUGGCGCCAUUUUCGACGGCGUGAAGGACCAAGCGGUUCUGCUGGAGUUUAUCACUGUUGCCAGUUUCGACAUCACUCUGGAGUCAGCGAAAGCACUUCAGGAGUCAAUCGUCAUGGAGACACGGCACUAUGCGCCUCCGAAGGGCCCGUUCAUCUACGUCACGGAAGUUCGCAGCAGGACCGUGCAACAGGACCACAACAUCGACCGUGGCUUUCGCCUUCUGUCUGUCAACGGCAUAGAGGGCCUGUGCCUAAGCACAAAGUAUACGUAA